AUUUUGGCAUAUAUAUAAACCACCAAAACAAAUAUUUUUCAAACCAAUCUCAAGUGGUAUCUGAAUAAAUAUAAUUGUAUCGUGCACAAUUUACAAAGUUUUUGACAGUAACUAUAAGCCAUGACUGAAUUAACCGCUAAUAACUACAAAAAAGGUGACCCCUUCCCGCCCCGCACCGACCUAAACAAACCCCGUGUGUAUAGCAACCAGAUGUGUCCGUACGCCGAGAGAGCGCUGUUAGUAUUGGCCGCCAAAGGCAUUGAACAUGAGAUAAUAAACGUGAAUCUGAGG